AUGACAGACAUCAAGCCCUUCGACCCAAACAUCCCCAAGGAAGAAGUCGACCGCCUCUUCCGCAAACUCGCAGACACUCGCCUCCCCCAAAUCUCCGUCGUCCCAGACGCUGGCGAGGACUAUGGCCCCUCCCUCGCUUGGAUUCAAAAGCUCUACAAUACCUGGCUCCACACCUUUUCCUGGCCGCGCGCCCAAUCCCAAAUAUCCUCCUGGUCGCACUUCACAACCUCCAUAUCCUCGCUGACAGUGCACUUCAUCCACGAGCGGGCGCGCGUGCGCCCAGAGAACGCAAUACCACUACUUCUCAUACACGGCUGGCCGGGCACGUUUUUCGAAUUCCAGAAUGUCAUGGAGCCAUUACUCUCUCCUGACACGCCCGACGCGCCGAGCUUCCAUCUCGUGGUGCCCAGUCUGCCUGGAUUCUGCUGGAGCCAAGGGCCGCCGCGGGGGUGGACGCUGCAGGAUACGGCGGGCAUGUACGAUACCCUGAUGAAGCGGUUGGGGUACGAUAGCUACGUAGCUCAGGCGGGCGAUUGGGGGCACUGGGUUGUUCGCGAGCUGGGGAGUGGUCGGUUUGAUAGCUGUAAGGCGGUGCAUACGAACAUGUGUCCUGGGGCGCCGCCAAAGGAGUAUCAGAUGAAUGAGAAGGAGAAGAGGGCGAUGGACAGGGCGCAGUGGUGGAUGGGGGAGAAGUUGAGUGAGGGGCAUAUGGGGUUUAUCGGCGAGAAAUACAACGAACUCGCUGAUCCGAAUCUCGGCACUGCGACGCUACAAAAUGCGCAGUUCAACCAUGACAUCUGCACCACACUCUCGCUAUACUUCUUCACGCCGCCGAGUAUCAUGACUUCCAUGUUGUGCUACUACAACAACGUGCGGCACGAAGUCUACACCGAGUUCAACGCCAAGGAGGAGAACUUGAUCAGAGUGCCGUUGGGAGUGAGCACUUUUCCAUACGAUGCGUUUCCAGUCCCAAAGGCGGGUGCGGAAACGACGACGACAAAUCUGAAGUUCUUCAAGGAGCGCGAUUUCGGUGGGCAUUUUGCGUGUAUGGAGUGUCCGGAGGAGAUGGUUCAGGAUAUGAGAGAGUUCUUUGGAGAAUUCCAUUGA